AGCACAAUGUCCGCAGGAAAUUUAGCACUUUUGAGCGUGUCUGAUAAGACGAAUCUGUUACCAUUUGCUAGAAAAUUACACGAGUUAGGCUUGAUCUUAGUUGCAUCUGGUGGAACAGCAAACUCUUUGAGGAAUGCUGGGCUUCCAGUAAAAGAUGUUUCCAAUAUUACUGGUGCACCUGAGAUGCUUAAUGGGCGUGUAAAAACUCUUCAUCCUGCUGUACAUGCUGGUAUAUUAGCCAGACUUACAAAGCCUGAUCUAGAGGAUCUUUCUAAACAAGAUUAUGAACUCAUUCGACUUGUAGUGUGCAAUUUAUAUCCAUUUGUAAAUACAAUUUCAAAACCAGAUGUGUUAAUGGAGGAUGCUGUUGAAAAUAUUGAUAUUGGUGGAGUAACUUUAUUAAGAGCUGCAGCUAAGAAUCAUAGCAGGGUAACUGUUGUUUGUGAUCCUAGUGAUUAUGAUAAAGUUGGAAAAGAGAUGGAGUUAUCCGUUGAUAAAGAUACUUCUUUGGAAACUAGACAAGUAUUAGCACUCAAAGCAUUUACUCAUACAGCUGAAUAUGAUAAUGCUAUCUCAGACUAUUUUCGUAAACAAUAUAGUGCCGGUGUUUCUCAGCUGACAUUGCGAUAUGGAAUGAAUCCACAUCAAAGACCGGCCCAAAUUUUUACCACUUUGGAAAAGUUACCUCUGACCGUAUUGAAUGGUUCACCAGGUUUCAUUAAUCUUUGUGAUGCAUUAAAUGGGUAUCAAUUGGUGAAGGAAUUGGAAGCAGCUUUAAAUUUGCCAGCUGCAACAUCCUUCAAACAUGUCAGUCCAGCUGGUGCAGCAGUUGGUGUACCAUUAGAUACCGUACAAGCAAAAUUAUGUCAAGUAGAUGACUUGCUGAGUCAACUUACACCAUUAGCAACUGCUUAUGCUCGCGCGCGAGGAGCAGACAGAAUGUCAAGUUUCGGGGAUUUUGUAGCAUUGUCUGCUCCAUGCGAUGCUGUUACAGCUAAGAUCAUAUCUAGAGAGGUCUCCGAUGGUAUUAUUGCACCAGGUUACUCAGAAGUUGCACUUCAAAUUUUGAAGAAAAAAAAGAAUGGUGCAUAUUGUAUCCUUCAGAUUGAUCCCACUUAUGUACCGUCGCCGAUGGAACGCAAAGUUUUGUUUGGUUUGACUAUGGAGCAAAAGCGUAAUGAUGCAGUUAUUAAUAAGGAUACGUUCGCCAAUAUUGUUACAAAAGAUUCGACAGUUAUCUCUGACUCUGCUAUGAGAGAUUUGAUUGUAGCUACUAUAGCAGUAAAAUACACACAAAGCAAUUCAGUAUGCUAUGCAAAAGACGGGCAAGUGAUUGGAAUCGGUGCGGGGCAACAAUCAAGGAUUCAUUGUACAAGACUUGCUGGCGAUAAAGCUGACAAUUGGUGGCUCCGUCAACAUCCGAAAGUUACUAGUAUGAAGUUUAAAAAGGGUGUAAAGAGAGCGGAAAUCUCAAAUGCAAUCGAUAAUUAUGUAAACGGAUCCAUAGGCAAAGACAUGGAUGAGUCUGCGUGGGCUGCCAUGUACGAAGAAGUUCCACAAAAACUCUCCGAAAACGAUAGAUCGGAAUGGAUCAAAAAGGCGGAUAACGUUGUUGUAAGCAGUGAUGCUUUCUUUCCGUUCAGAGAUAAUGUGGAUAGAGCCAGACUGAGUGGUGUUAAAUAUAUUACUAGUCCUUCCGGUUCUACAAAUGACGAGGCGGUGAUACAAGCCUGUGAUGAGCAUGAAGUUGUGUUAGUUCACACUAAUCUACGAUUGUUCCAUCAUUGAAUGAGGAAAGAGUAUGAUUUGUCAAACAACAUUAAUUGGAUCCUUGUUUUAUGAUCUUCCAAUCACCUAUUAAAAUAUAAACUACAAAACAUAAACACACAUUUUUAUGUAAAAUAUUGAGAAUUUAUUUUUUAAAUAUAGAUUUGUACA